CUACUUGACAAUCUCUCUGAGCUGUGAAAUACAAAACUAGCUCGAACAAAUAAUGCAAACAACAGAAAUUAUAUUUGUUCCAGCUCCGGCCAUCGGACAUCUUGUGUCCAUGGUUGAGAUGGCCAAGCUCCUCAUCUCUCGACAUCGACAUCUCUCCGCAACCAUCUUAUUAGUCGCUAAUUUUCCCUACAACGUAGGCGUAGACAAUUAUGUCGACUCCUUCUCCAGAGAUCUUCUCGCUCUGAAGGAGACAGCAUUAGCACUUGAGGGCAGUGGACACCGCUUUCUGUGGUCAGUGCGUCCUCCGUGGGAAAAAUUGAAGGCAAACUACACAGCGUUGGACGAGAUUCUCCCCCCUGGAUUUCUGCAAAGAACAGCCAGCGUCGGAAAGGUUACUGGAUGGGCGCCACAAGUGACCGUCAUAUCACACCCUGCUGUUGGAGGAUUUGUGUCUCAGUCUGGUUGGAACUCCACAAUGGAGAGUCUAUGGCACGGGGUGCUUACUGCGUCAUGGCCAAUUUAUGCGGAGCAGCAACUCAAUUCUUUUGAACUGGUGCAUGAGCUAGGACUCGCGUUAGAUGUUGGAGUUGAGUACUCAAAUGAAUUUAGCAUGGUGAAUAGUGGGAUUAUUAAGGCCACAGAACUUGAGGUGGUGAUAAGGAAGUUGAUGUUGGAUGAAAAUGAGAAUAACAUAAGAAAAAGGGUUAAGGAGAUGAAGGGAUUGAGUCGGGCGGCUAUGGAGGAAAACGGGUCAUCUUACUCUUCACUAGGGAAACUUGUUGAAGAUAUUACUCGAAAGGUGUAACAUGGCUAGGCAACUGGUGUAAAUUUGCACCGUUAAUAAGAAACAAUGAUGAUUCGUAUCAUGUUAAACAGUGUUUAAAUUUUAUGGAGAAC